GAAUGUGGGGAGAGUUUUCUAUUGUAGAGUAGUUAGCUAGACAUAAUUAUGCGACUUGUUUCCUUGUAGUAGUGUUUUUUUUUCAAUCACAGAGUCAUACUGUUAGUUUAAUGCUAUGUUUUGUGCAGUUGUUGCAGGUAACGCCUCAUGUAUAUACUCAGAAGAUGUUGCAGUCUAGAAAACUGCGCCUGACAGAGGCAAAUGAAAUGCAUCCACCUCAACUUCUAGAACUACUUGACCCCGGCACAACCCAUCAAAAAAUGCCUUUGGUGGAUGUAGAGCAAUCACUUUUUCAGCCCCACCCUCCAGAGUUAGUCUUUCAAAACUUCACGCCUGCGCAGUCUUACAAGUUACCGCUGCAGCUGUUUAACAAUGAUAAGGUAUCGCGGCAUGUCAAGUUAGAGCAUCAGGAGUCUGCAUAUUUCCAAGUUGAAGGUCCAAAGGAGGCAAAGAGUAAAGUAGCAGCAGGACUGUCAGUGAGCUUCACAGUCAUCUUCACUCCUCAAGAGAGCAAGGACUACCACCACAAUCUAAGUUUUGUGACAGAGCGGGAGCAGUUUAAGGUGGCAAUCCGUGCCAUUGGACCAAGAGCCAGUUUGAACUUCCGUGAUGAGUUGCAUUUACCUGACUGCCUCGUGAAAGCCUCCACACAGAGAACUCAACUUGUACGCAACCUGGGAGACCGCGUAGCCAUCUUCAAGUUAUACACAAAGAGUCCUUUUUCAGUAACUCCUUCCUCUGGAACACUUGAUAUUGGCGAGAGCAUGCAAGUCACUGUGGCUUUCAGUCCAAUAACUCCAGGAGACCAUCAUCAGGAUCUGUUGCUACACUAUGAUACCGGUGAAGAUGUACACAUCAACCUACAUGGUUUCUGUGAAGAGCUGAAGCUUAAUCUUAUUCCUGAGCACCUUAACUUGGAAAAUACCUACAUCUCACUGUCCAACACACAUACGGUAUCCCUUACAAACAGUAGUGAUACCACUCUUAAAUACUUCUGGAAGACAUGGUCAAGCCAAUCAGAAGAGAACCAGAAUUGCUCAAUGCACGAGCAGCAGUUGCUUAUUCCCUGCCAGUCUGACCCCACAGCCAAUCAUCGAAUCGACAUUCUUUCUCUCUCACAAGGGUGCAUAACAAUAGAACCAGCGUUGGGAGAAAUAUGGCCAAAUACCACAGCACGUUUCACGAUUGUCUUCAAGCCUAGUGAAGCCAAACUAUACCAGGAAACCAUAUAUUGUGAUGUCACUGGCCAAAAAUCUUACAUGCCUCUGAAACUCAGCGGUGAGGGUUUGGGACCUGCGAUGCAGAUCAACUGCAACCUAAUGGAUAUGAAAAAAAUAUUCAUCGGUCACACUGUCUCUUAUGAGGUGCAGCUGUCCAACCAGGGACUGAUUGAUGCCCCUUUUGAAUUAUUAAGCCCCAGUACCACCUUUGGUCAAUUUUUCUCCUUCACUCCCACGAAAGGUGUUGUUUGCUCUGGGGCUUCCCAUUUGGUUAAAGUCACCUUCCAAAGUAACAUUUUGGGAACCUUUUCUGAGGGCUUACUUCUGAGUGUCACUGGACAGCCUCUACCACUUACUAUGACCUUCAGGGGCUGUGUCAUUGGUCCAACUUUUCACUUCAGUGUUUCGGAACUCAACUUUGGAGAUGUAGCAUUUGGUUUCCCUCAAACUGAAAUGUGCUCUCUCUUUAACACAUCCUUUGUCCCAAUGAACUUUUCCCUGCGUGUUGUGGGAGACGGCAUGGGGCCUCCGAGUGUGACCAGUGACCAACAAGUUUGUGAGCUGUGUAGGAACAACUGGCAAGGCAGUGCUGCUCAUGACAACAGUGCUAUGCCAAUUGAGUUCACUGUCAGUCCUGCUGUGGGUUCUGUUCGGGCAAUGGCAAAUGUCAGCAUCAAGGUGACACUAUGCUCCAACACAGUCAAAUAUUACAGAGUGGCUUUGGUGGUAGAUGUUGAUGGUGUUGGAAAAGAGGUAAUGGCUCUGCCCAUUAUUGCAAGGUGUGUUGUUCCAGAUGUCAUGGUGGACACUCCAGAGGUGGACUUCCAGAAGUGUUUCCUAAACUACCCUUACGAAAAAAUGAUACACCUAACGAACCAAAGCUCCCUGCCCGUCUGCUAUGGCAUGCUGGAGCAGGAAUAUGAGGAUAGUCCUUCAAUUAUAUUUGGAAGUUCUUUAUCAAGGGGAGUGAUUCUUCCUCACAGCUCAGCAGACCUCCCUGUGUUUCUUCUGGUGAAGGAUGUUGGAAAGCAGCAUAUCACGCUGUACAUUGCUUUAUUUGGUAGCAUUCACCCACCACUGGAGGUUGUCUUGUCAUGCAUUGGGCGUGGUCCUAUAGUUCACGUUCGGUGUCCGAGUCAACAACUUGAAUUUGGCAAAAUACCUGUCUUAACAGAUAUUGCUAAAGACCUUCCCCUAUCCAACCAGUCGCCUAUUCCGGCAUUCUUCACGGCACGCAUGUGCCAAGGAAAGUCUCCUUGGCGUGUUGAACCCAAUGAAGGGGAAGUGCCACCACAAGGCCAACUGGAGCUAAAGGUUGUGGCUAAUCUGAAAGAUACUGUGUUGUUUCAAGACAAACUUGAGAUUUCCAUCCAAGGCAGUCAAACGCACACUGUUGCCCUGUCUGCAACUGGCACAGGAACCACAAUCGUCAGUGAUAAACCCUUACAUCCAAAUCUUGACCUUGGCACAUACUUUAGCCAUGGAUCAUGCGACUUCCACUUCAAGGUGACAAACUACGGCCAAAGAGUACAUCGACUUUACUGGAAGACAGUGGGUUCAUCUCGUCGGAGUCGCCUGCCCCGCAUCUCAACUGAAAAAAGGAAAGAUUGUGUAAGUUGUCUUCCUUGGGCGGCAUCAAAUAACAACAGGCCAUUAUUCAGCAUCAGCCCAACACGUAUGGAACUUUUCCCUGGUGACUCAGUUGACAUGCUUCUGAAAGGAUCCUCAAACACCCCAAAGAUUGUGAGAGAACAUCUUGUUUGCUGUGGCAUUUUGGGUCAUCAGGGCUUUAAAGAGCAUAUCUUUACUGUGGAACUGACAUGUCAGUUUGUGGCACCCGUGAUCACCAUGUCUUCCCAGAAGCUGAAUUUCUACAUAGAAAAGCUUCCAGGAGAAAAUCUUACCCAGCUAUAUGAAGAACUGGUUUUAAAGAAUGUGUCAUCUCUGUCUCUAUCCAUGGAGCUUUUUCUUGCUUUUCCUUUCUCUCUGUGUGAUGAACGGGGGGUCCACAGUACUGCUAACAGUAAGACAUUGGCAUUAGGUCAAGGUGAAGAGACUCACUUGUGGAUAUGCUUUGACCCAACAAGAUUCCAUGGUCAAUUGUCUCAAGUUGUGGAUAAGACCCUCACCAUGCGCUACAUAGGGCACCCACAACAAGACAAGGUGGAACUGCAUGCUGAAGUUCACUUUCCCAAUUUACAUUUUUCUUCAACCACAGUGGACUUCGGCAGUGUGCUCAAUUCCACGGAAAAUCACCAGGAAGUCACAAUGACAAAUUGUUCCCCAUUGCCAGUAUUUUACCACUGGGCCUGCUUGGUGGAUCAUACACACUGUGUCAUCAGAUCUUCUGACGCGCCGUCUGAUGCUCUCAUCGACGAAAGUAUUUCCCCAGACGAAGACGUUCCACGAUGCUUUGAAUGUGUGCAAGAGAUUUUUGAUGUCUUGCCGAUGCAUGGCCAUUUGAAACCUGGCGAGCAGCAGCUGGUCACAUUCAUUUUCCAUGGCCAGGACUUUGUUAGUCGAGAGGUAAUCGCACAGUGUCAAGUGGAGCAUGGACCUAUAUAUGACAUUAAACUUAGAGGAGAAGCCUCAGAGAUCAGCUUCAGUGUGGAUUCAACCACUGUUGACUUUGGUCUGCAGCGUUUUGACUGUAUUGGGGAGUCAACAGUGAUUGUGAGGAAUACCGGAAAGGUUGGCUUUAAAUUCAGUAUUGAAAGGCUUCAAAAUGAAAUGACCGCAGUAGUCGAUGAUAAGCAAGAUGCAAUGUUGAAAUCUGAGAACGAGCAGAAACUGGACAGCGAGCAGAAUGAGAAGAUUCGACCUGGUAAACCACUUGUAAUACCUCCUACGGGUUACAUUGAAGCUGGCAUGAUUCAUUGUUUGCGCAUUCUCUACCUCCCUGGCAUCCCUGAGAGGUUUGAAAAGCAGUUCCAGCUAGUUGUGGCUCACUUACCACCACAGGUCAUCACACUCACCGGCGAAGGAGUGUUCCCAAAGAUAUCCCUGAAUUUACCUCGAAGCCUGGCAAAGGAGAGUUACAGCGGUGUGUUUGAGCGGUCCAAAAUAGCUGUCGAAAUGGAGGCUACCGGUUCUUUUCAUUAUGAACAGUUGCUUUUUUUUGAAAUUGAGAAAAUGCUGGUCACCGAAAAUGCCUUGGCUGUGAGCAAGAGCCUUGUGGAAAUGGGAAACGCCCAAAUUUCCAACAGAAAAUGGAGUAAACUCAUCAAAUUUGUUCUCCCUGAGUAUGUUCUGGAUUUCGGUUAUGUUGUUCCAAGCAAAGUCCUUAAACAAAUUGUACAGAUUACCAAUAAUGGGCCACUACCUGUUUCCUUCCAUGCCAACUCCAAAGUUAUUGCAGGUUUUAAGGUGGAAUUUGGUAGCAUAAGAAACCUUUCCUGUGGUGAGACAGAGAAUUUCACCGUUGAAUUUGAUCCCCAAAAAGGCAACCUGCCAUUGGGUAUCAGAAGUGCUCUCAUUCCAAUUCAGAUAAUAGGUGGUCCAUCGGUGGAGGUGCGUCUUUGUGCAGUGGUGACUGUGCCAUCAAUCUCCGUUUCCUCAGAAACACUCCAGUUUGACUCUGUUCGCUGUGGAUUCUGUAAGAUUCAGACAAUGCAGCUAUUUAAUCAUGAAUCUGUACCCUGCCAAUGGAGCAUAGUAGAGGAUGUGAAGCCCGUAAAGGUCGAUAAAUUCCUCCCCCUCCAUCAGCGCAGCAAAUACCUGCAGCAGCACCGACCACCACCCGUGAUGUUUGAGAUGACUCCUUCUUCGGGCCUAUUGAACCCCGGUGACCAGGUCAACGUCCAGAUCAAGUUCAGUCCUACUGAGGGGUGUCUUUACAAGCGACAUUUAAUAAUUACUGUAGUUGAAGGCACACAGCCUGUUGUCAUCACAGCCCUGGGACAGGGUGAAGAACCGGAACUGGACUUUUGUCCACCAGAGUUGACAAUGGGCCCUUGUCUGCCAUUCAGUAUGGAGAUUGAAGCAGAGGUUAUCGUUAAAAACCCUUGCCCCUAUCCCAUUGAGUUCUACUCUCUAGAGUAUGACACGCAAUACCUGAAGGAAGAAAAGAUCCUGAAUCUUAUGGAUGGAUAUGACGCUAACGAUGUACUGCUGCUACCUCCAAGGGAUGCCGGAGAGAGUCUUCCCGUAGAACUUAUGGACUUCUACAAAGAUCACUGCUCGCGGCUAAAAGAUAAAAAUGUAGGUGGAAUGAGUCUGCAAAAACGGCGAGGCGGUAAAAGGGGUGAAAGACGUAGGACUGAACUGAUCAUUUCAGAUAUCUUGAAAGCUCAAGCCACUGGGAGUCUGGGAACUUUGGAGAUAAACCCUCUAUCCAGUGCAAUUUCCCGUUACAUGGAUGUUGACCUGUCACCUAAAGGUCUAGCUGCUCUGAACUGCAGAGGCAUUGCUAUUAUAAUAUAUGGAGCCCCACUGACAGAUCAAAGAAAAGUAGCGACUCCCCUGGCAAAUCACUAUGGAGCGGUGUGUCUCAGUAUGGAUGCGAUGCUUGCUGACUCACUGAUGCAUGGCACUUCUCUCGUUAGCCUGGCAGGACGACAGCUGUUUAACCGUGCUGCGACUGAGUAUGCUCAGAAGCUGGAAGAGGCUGCUCAGUUAUCUACAAACAUCGAUUCAAAACCAAAUUCCCCCUGUGAAGGUGAAGAAUUUUCUCCAGACUCUGUUCCCACUGAAGUUCAGUCAAAAUCCAAUGAUGCCAACUACAGUGACUUAAAAACUCCAAAAGAGAAUGGGAACACACAAUAUAGCACGGUAAUGGAUAAGGCCACACUCAGUAGUAUCCUGCCUGAACUGCUCCUGGUAGAGAUCCUGUCAGAGAGGUUUCAGUUAGAUGACUGCUACUGUGGCAUUGUAAUUUAUGGUCUCGAGUGCGUCUACACCAAAUCAGUGGCACACUCUCUAGAAGUUAUUCUCAAGGCCCUGAGUAACCGCAAACACAUUUAUGCAAUCAACUUAUAUGACACAUACUACGCCCUGAGAUCUCGGAGGAGGGCACAAAGAAAAGCAGAAGAGGCUUAUCUGAAGGAAAAAGAACGACAAGAAGAGGAAUGGAUGCAGAACAUGGAUGAGGAGGAAUAUGAAGCUUUGCCAGAGGAGGAGAAAGAGCGCAUUAUUGAACGACAGAAACAAAAGAAACUCAUAGUUCUUGAGCAAAUAAAAAAAAUGCAGAUAGACAAACAACAACAGGAGGAAGAUAUGAAGAAACAGAAAAUUGAUGAGACCAAAAAAAAGAGCAAGAAAGGUGGAGCUAAGGAGGGCAAACAAGCUUCACGAAAGAAGGGCUCCAUAGAGACUAAGCAGCCAUCGAGUGCAAUCGCCGCUCCUCGAGUCCCAUCCUCUAAAGAAUCACUCAUGGACAAGAAAGAUCAAACUUCCGUUGAUGGAAAGCAAAUCAAAGAUGAAAAAAGCAAAGAAGAAGGUAAUCUGCAGAUGAUUGAAGAAAUGAUGCCAACAAAUAAGCUGCACGGUAUGUUCAGCGCAUAUGAAAAGAUCCAAACCCAGGUAGAACACAUUCUCCAGCAUUGGGACCGCGUCAAUGCCGUGCUGAGAGUCCCAAUUCCAGGUCAGGAGCCUCCAGUCCAAGAAGAGCCCCCUGAGAAGCAGGCACCUACGUCAAAGAAGAGCAAAAAAUCCAGUAGCAAGAUCCCUUCGCCACUGGACCAAAACCUUAAAGCAGAAAAGGCAGUUGAGAAACCAAAAAUUAUCCCCCACAUCGUUUUGAAACUUACAGGACAAGACUAUCCAGAUAUAUAUGAAUUGCUCAAAAUGGAAGCCUUGCCUCCACUAAAUGAGGUCCUGGAUGAACUGGGUUUGGGCACGGGUGCUCUUUCUGUCCCUCCUCCUAUUACAUUAUCAGUGAUUCAUUUACCCAAAAGUAGGGAGCGAGUCAAGAGACAACUGAACUGUAAUUGUUUCACCUUUUUGAGUAUUUCUGCAGGAGAUGACCAAGAUGAGAGAAAAGAGGAAGACGAUGAAGAUGUACCAAUAAAGGCACCAAAGGGUCGCAGAGCAGGUUCAAAAUUGAAUGCACUGAAAGAUAAAAAGGGCAGAGAGAGUCAGAAGAGUGCAAAACGGCCCGCAGCUCUUCCAAAAGUCAAAGGUUUGGAACUUGCAUCUUCCAUAACUGACUUCAGUGAACAGGAUCCCCACACUGCAAGUGUGGAGCAGAAACGCAACCAGAGCCUCACAACAUUUCGCUGGGUUGUACCAGCUCAGGGUCAAGUGGUGUUGAAAAUAUGGUUUUACUCCAGCUCUCCUGGAAAUUUUGAACAGAUGUUCAACUUUGAGCUCCUUGGAACUCACAAAACAUACCAACUCUUCUGCAAAGGAAUUUGCACUUAUCCUUCAUUCUGCAAAGACUACAAGGUUCUUUUUCCCUAUUGUCGAGAGGUGCCAAAAUUUAGCCAAGGAAUUAAGAGGACCUAUGUUGUCAAUCCUGGAUACUAUGAGUUUGGCCCAUUACUCUGUAGCAAGACCAGAGACAGAUACAAGGAUAGUCGGUACCCAGAGAACACAGAAAGAAUGGUGAUCAAAAACGAUUCCGGACUGGAGGCUGAGAUUCAGUUUUACUUCCAAAAUGACACUCAGGCUAUCACAUACAUGCUAGAUCCUCCCAACAUGACACUUCAACCUGACCAUGAACAGGAGUUGACUGUCUGGGCUUACCCAACAACUCCAGGAGAAAUCAAGGACAACAUUGUGUGCUGUGUCAAAGACAAUCCGGAGGUUUUCACAAUUGCUCUCUCGUGUUUGGGAGUGCGACCAGAGCUGGAGCUAGAAAGCAAGCGCCUAAAUUUCAACAGGGUUUUACUUCAUAGGCAGGAGAGUCGUAGUGUGAAACUCCACAACAGGACCCCUCUUUCAAUAUCUUGGAGGCUUCAUGGCUUAGAUGAACUCGGAGACGAGUUCAGUGUAUCUCAGGACCACAGUGUUAUCUUUCCUAAUUCCUCCCUUCUCCUGACAAUGCACUUUAUGGCCAAAAAACCAUUAAAUAUUAAAAAGCAAUUACGCCUUGAGGUGUCAGAUGCAGAAAACAUUUUGGGUGUUUUAUACACUGACAAAAUACAGGUUUCUGCGGAAGCCUUCGAUAUAGCAAUGGACAUCACACCAGAUGCUUGUCUGGACUUUGGAACUAUAAAAGUCUUUGAAGAGGUCGAACGUACCAUCAAACUGAAAAAUCAAGGAAAAUACGAAUUCAUAUACAAGAUUUUAGUGGGAGACAAAAACCCCAACUUAAUCUCAGCCUUCACAAUGUCUCCCUCAACUGGCACCUUAAUUCCUCGCAAAAAGUACACAUCGAUUCAGAUUGUCUGCAGACCCAAGAAGGAAGUCUCCAUCAUUGACAAGCCUGUCCUCUCCUGUCAAGUGAUUGAACCCACCAUUGGGGAAGGAGGGCAUAUCGUAGCCAUUUUACCUAUCAAUGUUUCGGUCCAGUCGGUCUUCUCCAGGUACACAAUCUCACCUUCAUGUGAUAUCAACUUUGGUCCUCUGGUCUAUGGCUCUAAGAAAUCUCAGAACUUCAUAAUUGAGAACAAUGGAAUAUUUGAGACUUAUUACACCAUCUCCUGUGUCGGCAUCGACAUUUGUCCACGAAUAAAGCAGGGUGGAAAGAAAACUGCUCGGGAAAGUGCUUCAGAUAAAUCUCAUGCAACCGGAACCAAAAUGAGGAGUGAGUCCUUCCAGAAAGAUUCAAUCGCACAGAAUCGACUCAGUACAGGGGUGUUUGGAGUGUUCCCUUGCACAGGAACAAUGCAGCCUCGGACUCGGCAGUCAGUGACAGUUGAGUGUGUAGCUGAACAGUUAGGUAGCUGGAGCCAAAAUUUGCUUAUCGACAUCAGUGGCCGUGACCCCUCAGAUCACCCUGAAGGCAUACCAUACAAACUGAUAGCAGAAGUCUGUAGACCAGGCAUUGUAUUGGACAUGACCUCUAUCUUUGAGGAGCAUCAUUUGUGUCCAAGUAGCAGGCAGCUAUCAUCGGAACCAUAUUUCAGUGUUGAACAAGUUUUUGUCCUGGACGAGAACAAGUUUAUUUUCAACAAAGUUCUUGUGGGGCGAACUUCUCAGGCUCGCUUAAAGCUCACCAACAACAGCAAGGUGCCUUACACGCUCAACUUGGGCAUCAGAUAUGUUGGCACAAAGAUGUCCGGUAAUGUGGAUGUUUUUGAGUUGUCUUCGCCAACACUGUUCGUUCCCGGCCAGUCCCACGCAUUCACUACUUUGAGCUUCACACCAAUUACGAUGCAUGUCUACAAUGCUGUGUUUGAAGCCACGUUUGAUAAAAGCAGCAGAAUAACAACAAACCUAAAGAGCAAGGUCCUGGAGUUUGACAUAAGUGGUGAAGGCUGUCUGCCAGUUGUGUCAGUGGUACGUCCGGCCAACAAAUCAAGUCCAGGCUUACACUUCAGACGGACAUUGAUAGGACGUACCAAAACCUUACCGUUGGUGCUUUUAAAUGAUGGCAACGUGCCAGCUCAGGUCCAGAUCGACAUGACGGAUAAACAUAGCGUUUUAACGCUUAGCGCUGACCCAAGCAGCAAAUGUGUAGCUAUUGACUUCUCUCAAUUUGAGGACCCCCUUGACUGUGAUUGCGGGUUAGUCCACAGAGCAUCCCUGAAACUUGAUGUUAAUCAGAAAGUUGAAUUUGGGGUCACAUUCUCCUCCUAUGUACCCGUGAAGAUCGAUGACAAGAUUUCACUUCAAGUAAAGGGCAGCCAGUAUAGCAAUGCUACAAUACAAGUAACUGGAGAGGCUUACCACCAACUUGUCAGCCUUGAAAACAUUAGAAAACCACCACCGGAAAUGAAUCCAAACUAUGAGGAGGAAGAUUAUACCGACAUGCUUUGUUUUGGUCACUGCUAUAUAGCAUGUCCUGUCAAAGAAAGUUUCACUAUGACAAAUCACAGCAGCAGCAACCAGGUAGUGAGGUUUGAGUGGCCCUCUGAGGACGCCAAUCUCGCCUUUUCACCACAGGUAGGACACCUCCAUGCAGGCUGCUCCAAGGAAGUAACUGUCACCUUCUGUGCCAAAGCACGAGUGGUUUUAACGAAACAGCAAAUCACAUGCAAGAUCUGUCAGGUAACAUUCCAGCUUCCAUUGGAUCAGGUUCCUGACUGGGAUGACCAAAAGAAGAUAUCACAGGCUUCAGGGACACAGCCACAACAAACUGGAAAGAAUAAGAAAUCGCAUGCUGAGCCAGGAUCCUCUGUGGUUAAAGGCUCAGACUGGGAUUUGCAUUUACGCGUCAGCGUAGUUUGCGACCUUGUGAAGUUCACCUGCAAAACAGAAACUAUCCGAUUCAAAGACACCUUAGCCUACCAAAGCAGCACUCAUGAAAUGCAGAUACUUAAUGAUGGUACAGUGAAACUGGAAUUUUCCUGGGAAGUUUUGUUAGACCCAAACAGCAAAUCGGUCAGCCAAAACCAAGAAGGUGGCACGUCAUCAGGCGACUUCAUAGAAGAUUACCCUCGCAGCAGCCCGACUGUUGACAGAUCUCUUCCGACAGGAACCUCCAAUAGGCAACGUAUUACAGUGGAGCCGAGUGUUGGGACAAUUUUUCCAGGUGCUGUGCAAAAUUUCUGUGUUUGCUUUUCACCUUUGGAGGCAGGCCAGUUUCAAGGCAAAUUGAACUGCAGUAUACCCAAUUUACGUGCUGGGACUCGGGCCCCCUCUAUCUCGUUUUAUGGGCGCAGCAUAUUGCCUCAUUGCCACUUUGACCUCGAAGACUCUGACUAUGUCAGCGGAAGCCGACGCAACCCUAUGUUCAGGACUUAUUUGGAACCCAGCAUCAGAGUGAUUGAAUGUAAAACUCUUGGCCUCUUUACUCCUGCAAAAAGGUGUUUUACUGUGUUGAACCCAACCACUGAACCAUACUCAUUUCAAUGGAAGUGUGAAGACACUGGUAACAGUCCAUUUAGCUGUCUCACUCCAUUUGGGACAAUUCGGCCUGGAGAGAGGUCAGAGAUGUGCUUUAAAUAUGUGGCUGAGAAUGUGAACGAUGUGGAGUCGUUCUGGAGCUUUGUGAUUGAGACGCUGUCUGUGUCUGUCUCCUUCCUUUGUGUUGGCUCCACGAGAGAACCGCAAAUCUACUUUGACAAACCUCACGUUGAUUUUGGCGAACAACUUAUUGGUAAUAAAGUUUCAAAAACAGUGGAUUUAGUGAAUGGAGAGGAGGAGCCCUUUCACUUCACUGUUUUACAGCCAUCUUUACACUGUGAUGACCAAGAGUCUAGCCUCGUUUUUCAGCCGAUGUCCGGCACAGUGGCAGCCAAAGAUAGGUUGCCCUUGUCAGUGUCCUUCAGCCCUUGCCGACAAGGUUAUGUGAGCUUCAAAUUAACCCUGAGGGUCAAGAGGAAAUCAAAGCCACUCAUCCUCACUUGCAAAGCACAUUGUUUCACAAUUACUGCAUCUGUUCAAGUGGAAAAUCCAGAUGGGGGCCUAAGAGCACUAUGUCCUGACAGCAACUCAAAUAUUUUGAACUUUGGAAAGGUGGGCAUUUCAGAGCAAGCUACGUUUAAUAUCCUGGUGACCAAUACAGGAAGGCACAGCAUGGAAGCAAAUUUUGAACUGGAAGGUCCAAUUGAGCUUCUUCAACAACUGUUAACGAAACCAAAAAAUGCAACAAUAGCUGUUGGGGAGAAGCUGCAAUCAGCACUCUUCUUUUCUCCACGGAGCAGUUGCACCCUCAAAGAUGUCAGACUGUUGAUAAAGGUAAAUAAAGGCCCAUUGUUUAGCAUUUCCAUCGGAGGCAGUGGUGUGGCACCAGAACUUGAAUUCUCUUUCAAAAAGUACAACUUUGGCAAGAACUUUGUGUAUUGUCCUGGCAUGGUGCCAGCAUCCCACAUUCUCAUGUUAAAAAAUAGAGGCAACAGGGACAUCAGUGUCAAGUGUGAAUCCAGAAAGUGCUCAUUCCUGGAAAUUGGAUUCCAACCUGAUGUUUUGAGCCCUGGUGCUAUGGUGGAAGUUCCCAUCACCUUUUAUCCUCGCGAGCCACGACGUUAUCACGAAAGCAUCAUCUUCUUAAUAAACAGCUGCAUCAAAGAACAGGUGGACAUUUGGGGACAAGGAAUUGAAUUGAAGUUGGGAGUAUUGGCUCCAAAGCAUCAAAAGGUGAAAGUUGGAAAUAUUUCACCGGGUCAGAGAGUGAUCAAACGGCUGCAACUCGUCAACCGCAGCAUUUUGGACGUUUCCUUCUCCUUGCAACUUGACACGAAAAAAACACAUAUGGAGACCAGGGAUUUGUCAUUCAGUCCAGCAACCGAGUUGUACGUCAAAGCUCUUCAAGGUUCAUGCAGUGUUGAGAUCCUGUUCACACCCCAUCAGCGUAUUCCUCCUUUUAUCGCUGAGCUGCAAGCUGUGAUUGACAGCUAUUUACAUCCCUUGCUGACCAUCCAGGGCUGCUGCCAGGGCGUAGCGGUGCGUCUAGAACAAGACCACCUUGGUUUUGGAGCAAUAGUUCAACACUGCCAGGCCAAAAAGAAAGUUGUCAUAAUUAACACUGGAGAACUAUGUGCCCGGUUUCACUGGAAAACUGAAGACUUUCCUCCAGAGUUGUCUAUCCAGCCAACUAAAGGCUCAAUCCAGCCAGGGACAGAGGUUCCCUUAGAAUUAACAUUUGCUCCUGUUCGCUUGAAUAAUGAUUCAAGAUAUGAAAACCUAACUUGCUGCAUUGAGGGCUCUUCACCAAUCACUCUCACUGUGACUGGCUCCUGCAUUGCAGCUGCUUCCAACAAAGAGAUUAUCAGUUUUUCCUGCCCAGUGCGUGGCUCCCACACUCAGACUCUGUCUGUUUUCAACCCCACAAACCAACGUUGCAGCAUACGACCAGUCAUCAAUGGCAAGCAUUGGAGAGCUGCACCAUCUGUGGUUCUUGAGCCUCUUCAAAGCAACACAUACGAAGUCACAUAUAGACCACUGACCAUGACAGUUGAUGGGAAGAAACACUUGGGGUCAGUAUUUUUCUCAUUUCCCAAUGGGGCUGGCAUGCUUUACUCGCUACAAGGAAGUGCUGACUCCCCUAAAGCCGAGAGCACAAUUGUACAUGAACUGCCUGCCAAGACACAUCACACACAGAUACUCCCUGUCACCAACUGGCUCUCAAAGCAAAAACGGUUCCUUGUUAUUAAGGAGUUUCUUAGACCUGAAAAUCCAGAUAUGACUGUAUCACUGAAGGGUCGCGAAUACAUUGAUGUCCCUGCUCUGUCAAAGAAAGACUACAAGAUUCAUUUUUACGUAUUCAGAGAGGGCCAGUACAAUGCAAAGGUGACAUUUCUUAAUGAGUCAUCGGGGGAGUACUUGUUCUACAUUAUUAACUUCAAGGUUACCAGCCCAGCCGACUUGUCCAAAGUAGAACUUGUAUCUAAUGUUCGCGAAAAGGCAUAUGCAACCAUAGAAGUGGAGAACCCGCUGAGCACGCCAAUCUGCCUCACUGUUGACUGUAAAUGCCCUGAAGUCAGUGCUCCAAGCCUGCACACUGUGCCUGGAAUGUCAAAGGGUGCGCUGACCUUCGACUACCAGCCACUCAGGGUCGGCGAGACGACCUCCCGACUGUCUCUUUUUUGUAGUGAACUCGGUUACUUCCACUAUGGGCUUCUUCUCCGAGCUCUACCUCAGCCACCAGAGAAGACCGUCCGAUUCAGCGCUUCUCUCGGAAGUAGCCACACGGUUCCUGUUAAGUUUCUCAACUUCUCCCACUUCAAAACUGAAUAUGCUUGCAAGAUUGACUGCCCAGCCUUCCUUGUGAACAAGACUGUGGCUGCCUUGCCAGGUAACCAGACUGGAUCUCAAGUCAGUGUGGAGGUUUGUUUUGAGCCUUAUCAGCUUGGAGAAGUGAAAGGCCAGCUCCAGCUUAGUUCUGGAAUUGGCGGGGAAUACAUCUUCCUGUUACACGGAGAAGGUCUGCCUGCUAAAACACAAGGCCCAUUCAACAUUAGGACUGGCCGGAGCAUCUCUAUCCCUUUCAAAAAUGUGUUCUUGCAGACUACUGUCUUUUCUUUCCAGGUGGACAACCCCUGUUUUACGGUCAAAGCAGCUGACACUAUCCUCUCUAAAAAAACACAGGCCAUCCAGGUGUACUUUGUGGCCCCUGAAGGAGGAUCACCAGGGCCAAGUAUUGGCAAACUGACCAUCUCUAACCAAUGCACAGAGGGACAGAGUAAAACCUCAUGGAUUUAUUACUUGAAAGGAAACCUGCUAGAGUUAUCCUAGUCACCUCCUGUAUACAUAUAUACAAACACACAGACAUACAUAUAUUUACAUACAGUAUAUGGCUGUACAAAUGGGCAAUGCUGGCCCAAAAUAAUCCCCAAAAACUGUUCGCCGACCCCAAGGUUUGCCUCCAACUACCAAAUGGGUCAUCUGGUGAUGGGCUGCAUAGAGAAAGAACAUAAAACAAUUUUCAUCCAUCAAACUGGAGGUGAAAUUGAGACAUAGAGGAGCCUACAACUUGCAAGAAAAAUAAAACCGCAUUCACAAAAAUGCAUCCAAGAAGCAACUUGUAUUUGCACCUGCUUGCAUGACUAAUGGCCACACGGGGGCGUUCGUGUCUUUUCAUCCUAGUAAAAUACUUGUUCGUGUGCGCGAGUGUUCGGAGGGGCAGUAAUUUCCUUACAUGAUUGUCGCUGAUCUAACUAUUUACAGUAUGUCUUUUAAAACGUUUGCAUACGUUUCAAAGAAGAUAUAGGUUGACUUUCCUAACAGUGGCAUCAGUUGGAAAAGUACAAAACGGGAGCUGCUUGGUGAAAUAAUUCUUGGGUGUGUUGGGGAUCAUUUGACACCAUGACUGCUUGACAUUCAUGUCAUUAUUCACUUGUGAAGUAUCGGUGCAUAUGUCGUUACAUUAAACAGGAAAUAAAUAAGGCAAGCAUCAUAAUGUGCCUUUUUUUUUUAAAUACAGUAUUACUUUAACCAUUUAUAAGACAAUCCUUUAACUCAGGGCUUGCCAUUGACGACACUUGAAGUUCAAUACAUUUUGGCUAAUUGAGGCUGGCAGUGAUAUCAAUAAAACAAGAGUACAGCCAUUCCUCCAAUUUUAAAAGAACGGACGUCCAUCGUCAAUGCAAGGAUUUUUUUUUUCUUCAUAGUAUUUCACACAUCUUCCGACUCUUACACAAAAAUGCAGGGGAGCAUUC